AUGGUCAACCUCCUGUAUGCGGUGCUGCACUCCCUCCUGAGCUGCCUCAUCCCCCCAGCCAACCUCCUGGUGAUCCUGGCUGUCUACCAGCUGAUGAGGAAGCAGCCAAGCACCAGCUACAUCUACAUCCUCAACCUGGCCACUGCCGACCUGCUGGUGGGCGUGAUGUGCAUCACCAAGGCGCUGGACAACAUCCUCGACGGGGAUUUUGACUGCAGCAAGUCCUUCUGCCUCCUGCGCAUCUCUAUGAGCAUGACGCCUUACAUCGGCUCCAUCCUGACCCUGCUCCUGAUCUCCCUGGACAGGUACCUGGCGGUGACGCUACCGCUCUCCUACCCCACCCUCCUGAAGAAAAUGCCUGUUGUCCUCCACCUUGUUGCCCUCUGGAUGCUCUCCUUCCUUUUCGGGCACUUGCCUCUGAUCUUAUCCUCCCUCCAGUGCGGCAACUACACGGGUUACUGUGGGCUCCGGUACGCAGCCAAGAGCGAGUACCUCUAUGUGAUCUGCUUCAGCAUCUUUGCUCUGUCCCUGCUGGUGCUGGUGUGCCUGCACAUCUGGGUGGGCAGCAUCGCCUACAUGCAGCACACGCGGCUUCAGCACGCCUGUGCUCAGGCAGGGCCCCUCCGCGCCCGCCUGCACCACUUCAAGGCACUGCGGACUGUGCUCAUCGUCAUCAUCGGCUUCAGCCUCUCCUGGGGCCCCUACCUGGUGGGGGGCACCGUGCAGGCCGCCUGCAGCUCCUGCAACCUGGCCGGGCUGCUCAAGGAUGCUUUAUUCCUGCUGGGUGAGACCAACUCCCUCAUCAACCCACUCAUCUAUGCCGUGUACAGCAAAGACAUCCGGAGCCACCUCGCAAAGCUGCUCAGGUGCAGGAUGAAGGGCCAGGUGAAGCCCCCGGCCUCGAACGUCUGA